UUACAUAACCAAAUUUUAAAAUUCCCGGCAAAAGGAGAAAGCCAAAAAAAAAAAAAAAAAAAAACUAACUAUGGAAGAGUUCUUUCACAUUUCUUGGUUUGAUGAUGAUGAAGCUAAUUCUGUGGUGAACCAAAGUGCUUUUGUGAGUUUUAGAGAACAACCAAAUGAAGGAUUUGGGGUUUCUGGCUAUGGAAGAAAUGUAUCGGCGAAUCAUCAGAACAUGAACAAGAGGAUGAUGGAGUUCUUGAAGAAGAAUUGGAGUCCCAAAAAUGGAGAAAUGAAAAUGGAAAGAGAGAAAGGUCAUAAACACAUGAUUAAAGAGAGGAUUAGAAGGGAAAAACAGAAGCAGAGUUAUUUGGCCUUGCAUAAAUUGCUUCCUAUGGGAACUAAGGGUGAGAAGAAUGCAAUAAUCCAAACAGCAACACAGAGAGUUCAAGAGCUGCAAAAAUACAAAGAAAAUUUAAAGAAGAGAAAUGAUGAACUUCAAAUGAUUUUAGCAGAAAGUGAAAAGGAGGAAUUUGAGAAGGCUAAUAUCAAAGCAAAAGUCAGUAAUCCAAUUUCUGGUGUUGAUUCAAUGCUAGAAGUUCUCAAGUGCUUGAAGAACUGUGGAACAAAAGCAAAUGGCAUACAAUCAAGUUUUUCUCAGCAAGAAUUCUCCACUAUGAUUGAAAUAGAAACUAAGAGUGGAGCAGCAGAACUGGAAAAAGUAGUGCAAAAUACUCUAUUUGAAGCUGAAAGGAACUUUCGUGCCCAUUGGCAGCCAAUGACCAUGUAAUUUUAAGCCAUAGAAUGAUGCCACGUGUGUUCUCAAAGCAAUCUUGGCGUCUGAUUUUUGACCAGUUGAUAUUACUAUUACUACUAUAUAUAAGCAUGGAUAUGAAAUUUUUGUCGUCCUAACAUUUCACAAUUCUUGGUGAUUAAGCUGCCACGUGGCUGUUGCUUGCUUUUCCCCUGCAAAUUUUUUACUUUUGCUACCGGUCCCUUUCUUAAGACAUUUUCACAUGUGGCUUUGUAAUGGGUCAAUAUUGGAGUAAUACCUGUUUGUGAUUUUUUUUAGCUCAGAUAUUUUUUACUCUUUCAUCUCAAAAUAUAUGUCACAUUUCACUUAUUGAUGGUCAAAUUACAUAAAUGUUAACCAAUAUAUUUUUUUUUAAAUCACUAUAUUGAUAUUAUUUCCUUGUAAUUCUCGAAUAUCUAAAUUUUAAUUUUAAAAAAUUAAAUUUAUCUAAUUCAAUUUAGUUCUAAAAAUUAGUCAAAUUACCUUUCAAAAAACGAAAUGUGACAAAUAUUUUGAGGCGAGAGGAGUUUAUUAUUUAUCCUAUACGUUCUGGUUAAGUUUAAGCAACUUUGGAGUCGAUUUUUUUUUUUUUAACAACUGGAGUAUUUAUUAGGUCUUACUAUAUCUUUUAUCCUUAAACUUUCUAUAUUUUGUGUCUUUAGUGAGCUCAUACGUGCUUAUAAAAGUCCUAAAAAUAUUUUUAAGUAUAAUUUUAAAAUAUUUUACUUUAUUAAUUUACUUUAAUUAUUAUUUAUUAAUAUUCUUGUAAGACCAUUAGGUUAAUUGUGUAAAAACUCGAAACUAAAGUAAUAAAUAUUGUAGUAUAAAUUCGGAGUUAUUGAAAGAAUUUAUUGUGUUAGAUGAUUCUAGAGGAAGGAUGAGUACUUGCUAAUACAUGUGAGAAUAAAAUACAUCAUUAAAAUCUUAAAUGAGUUUAAGAUAAGCACAAAAUGAGUUUGACGCAGGGCGGAGUUAGAGUGCUCGAGUUUGAUCAGAUCUGGCAACUUUGAUUUAAACUCUAUGUUUGUCUUACAAAUUCAUUGAUGAUGUAUUGAUUGUUAAUAUAGAACCGAAUAACUUGAAAAUAUUAGAAUUCCGAACACAUAAACUUCAAAGCCUGACUCCUAAUCGGAUUGAUUGAAGUAAAUAGUUUCAACAAUAAAAGUUAAAAUGUUAAAAGGAUUGAAAUGAAAAUUUUGCUUUUAUCUAUUGCAAAUUUACUUUUUUGAAAUUUUAUUAUUAUACCGUAAAAAGUGUAACACAAAUUAUAUUUCUUUAAUUAAAAUGUCUACUUUUACAUCAUGAGUUUAGGCCCGGACUUAGUACGGACCUGAUGAAACUAGUAUAUAUAUAUAAUUAUUAUAUGAAGUUAUGUGCUUAUUGAUACGGAAAAGCAGCUUCAUCUCUUCUUCUUUGCUCGGUUACAGGCCUGAU